ACUUUACUUCGUCGAAAAGAAUACUUAUACGCGGUAAAGAAAUUAAGGUUCUCGAGGGAUGGGAGACUGUUCGCGAAGAUACCUGGUCCAAAAGGCUUACCUAUAUUGGAAAAGUUAUUCAUGUUUUCGAGAGAGCUGUACAAAACUUACAAAGGUGUAAUACAUCUACAUGCAUUAAACUUCCGUUGUGUGAAUAUUUACGAUCCAGAAGAUAUGGCGUUACAGACUAUCCUUUCUAAGACACAGUUCCAUGAGAAAGAAAUACCAUAUGGUUUUUUGAAACCUUGGCUCCGCGAAGGAAUUCUCACAAGCAACGGUAAGAAAUGGCAUUAUAGACGAAAGAUGUUGACGCCUUCGUUUCAUUUCAAUAUCUUAAAGAAGUUUGUGCAAAUUUUCGUAGUACAUAUGGAAGAUUUAAUAAAAACCUUAGAAACAGAAGAAGUUUCGAAUGAUAAAACAGAUUUAUAUGAACUGACCUCGCAUGUAGCUCUUAAGAUAGUAUGCGGUGAGUUGGUUUUUUGGAACGAAGCUCUCUUAGACGGCUUACAAAAAGAAUUACUGACGCGAAAUACAACAAACAAAAUCGAUGCCGGUACUGGGAUCGAUGAAAAUAAACGUCAUCUCGCAAUGAUCGACUUGCUUUUUGAAAAUGAAAGAAAUAAUAACAUCGAUGAAAGCGGAAUUAGAGAAGAAGUGGACACUUUUCUAUUUGCGGGCUUUGAUACAAUAACAACUGCUUUAAUGUUUUUCAUCAUGAGGAUUGCAAAUGAACCGACGGUCCAGGAAAAAAUUCAAGAAGAAAUUGAUAAUAUAUUUGGAAAGUCUACGCGCACGCCCACCGUUGAAGACUUGAACGAGAUGAAGUACACUGACUCUUGUAUAAAAGAGGCUCUACGUAUUUACCCCCCUGUUCCAUAUAUAUCAAGACAUCUUAAGGAGGAAACUGUCCUCGGUGGCUAUAGGAUCCCAGCAAACACGCAAGUCAACAUAAUGAUAUAUGAUUUACAUCACAGAGAAGACAUAUAUCCGGAACCAAAAAAGUUUAUUCCAGAGAGAUUUCUACCAAUAAAUCAAUUGAAAAGACAUCCUUACGCCUAUCUUCCCUUUAGCGGAGGUCCAAGAAAUUGCUUGGGUCAGAAAUUUGCAAUGCUUGAAAUGAAAACAUUGAUAUCGGGUAUAAUCAGAAAUUACUAUAUUGAGCCUGUGACUAAACCUGAGGAGCUUGUGUUCACUGCAAACUUGAUCCUUCGAACAACAAAACCCAUUUACGCUAGAUUCAGGAAAAGGAAUCUUUAA